AAAGCUGGCUCGGAGAUGGCUGCCAGCACUGCAGCCACGACUGUCCUGCCUCCGGUGAAGAGCGUGGUGGUGUACAGGAAUGGUGACCCCUUCUACAGUGGACGGAGGUUUGUGGUCAACCACCGACAAGUGGCCACUAUGGAGGCUUUUCUGAAUGAAGUCACCCAGAACAUUGGUGCACCGCUUGCUGUCAGGACCCUGUACACUCCCAGGCAGGGCCACAAGGUCACAGACCUCCAGGAUCUUCAGACAGGAGCCCAGUACGUUGCUGCUGGCUUUGAAAGGUUCAAGAAACUGGACUACCUGAGCGUAGGAGCAAAAAAGCAGUCUGCUGCCUGUGAAGAAACCCAGACAAAAGUAACCCAGAGGCCUAAUGUCUCAGCUAAAUGGAGGAAGUUUAUACCUGUACCUUGCAUUAUACAUGUUUUCCGUAAUGGAGAUCUCCUGUGUCCGCCAUUUCGAUUCAUCAUUCCUCGGAACAUGCAGCAGGAUCUGGAGCAGAUCCUGGGUCUGGUCACAGAGAAGGUCAGCCUAAGAACUGGAGCUGUACGCCGGUUGUGUUCUUUGGAAGGAGUGACUGUGUCCUCAGCUGGGGAGCUGGAGACUGGCCACUGCUAUGUUGCCGUGGGAACCGAGCGUUUCAAGAAACUUCCAUAUGUGGAGCUGUUGGUUUCAAAAGCUACGGAGAGAUAUUAUGCAGGAAAGAGAAAGCUGUUGAGGAGAACUGAGAACAGGAAAGCGGAAAGUGGUCCAGAGGACCAGUACAGUGACUCAGCUCUCCUCAACUCCCCAGAGUCAGAUGGUCGGAGGGUGAAGUCAACAGGAGAUGAAGCUGCACCUCCACAAGCCACACAGCAAAAGAGCAGGAGACAGGGAGCUGAGGAGACGUCUGUGUUCUUUGCCAGGCCGGUCAAGAUCCGCAAAAACAGAGGACAGACAAAACCGCCACUCAGUAAUGGAUCUGUCCAGCCAAACGCAUUUAGAGGAGCAGCCCGGAAGAGGAGAGAGGAGGUGCGAGGGGCCGAGGAGGUGCAGGAGGAUGAAAAUACGGCUACGGAGCUUCCUGUUGACCAGAGAGUGGCAGAAAUAGUGGAGGAUGAGGAACCCAACAACACAGACGAUCCUCUGCACAGCACACAGCAAAGACAUGCAGAAAUUAUAAAGAGUGAGCAACACAAUGAGAGAGAGCGCCCAUACAAAUAUAAUGGAGAACAGGCACAGUCAUCUGAACAAAAUGGUGUGGAACUGACAGAAAACUCUGCCAGGGCUGAGAAGCCUGCUGCUGAAAUACUGGAACCUGAGCUGAAGCAUACAUCUUCAAAGUCAAGGCCUUCGUCAUCCACCUCUCAGGGAAAGAACAGGGAGGAAAAGGAGAGCCCACAGGACGUCCCGUCAUAUACAGUAGAACAGAACCAUCAUCAGGGCGACUGGUGAAUGAUGAGCACAGAGGAUUCAUCAAGGUUGUCCCAUCAGCGUAAUGACCCUCAACAGCUGAGCCACAGCCAAAAGCAUGGCAGUAACCAGGCAACUACUGCUUUAACAUGACCUAUGCAGUUAAAUGAAUAUUGUAUUUGAUAGAACUUAAACUGUUGUGAUGAGCCAAGUAACAACAUUAAUUUAUGUUGUUUUCUUUUAAAUAACUUAGUGGACAAAAAUGUGAAGAUGCUCAGAUGAAAUAAGUUCAAACACUACAGGAGAUGGACACAUUAUCAGAAACUCUAGUGCAAGACACUACAGCCUACUGCAACAACUCCAUGGGAUUUUAUUUGUUUUACAGGUAUUUGACCAUAAACCUAAGUACUGGACAAACUGAAAUUUUGCCCUGAUGAUGGUGUUAGAUGAAAAAUUAGGGGGUCCCCAAAGGUAUUACACAUGAAUGUGUGUACCAAAUGUCAUGGGAGUUCAUCCAACAGUUGAUGAGCCAUUUCAGUGCCG